AUGCCUAAGAAGGUUCUGACUUCAGCCACAUUCUGGGGUCUGGGCAUAUGUGUGAUGGCGCUGAUCUUCUCUGGUCCCUCCGAUUCUGAUUGGGAGCCCCCACUGCCAAGGUGCCCAUCCCCGACAGGAGCUGGAUCAUCUAGCCGGACCCCUGCUGUCUCCGGCUCCACACCUACCCCCGCCCUGCCAGGUGGGAAGUCUGUGACAAAGAAGUGGAGGUGGGGAAGAGCUAAACCUGCAAUCAGAGAGGAGGAGGGUCGUUGGCACUCUGUGCUGGAGGAGGAUGUGUUGCCUACACCUCCAGUAUUCAGACCGAAGAGGCCAUCAGGACCUCAGCUGGACAUGACCUCUAAGUACAGCCCCAUGCAACUUUUUCAGCUGUUUUUCACCUCGGCAGUUGUUGAUUCCUUGGUGUCGAACACAAAUAAGUAUGGUGCUAAGAAGCAGGCAGGCAAGAAAGAGGGAUGGAAGCCCAUUUCCAUGUCAGAUCUUUUUUGUUUCAUGUCAAUGGUCAUGUACAUGGGUCUUGUGAAGCUAAAAACCCUGAAAGACUACUGGAAAACUGCUCCUCUCUAUCAACUGCCUUUCCCAUCCACUGUCAUAUCAUGCAAAAGGUUUAUGACAAUCUCACAGGCGCUUCAUAUCAGUGACCCAGAAGUUGAUGAGGACAAUGAGAAGAUGAGAGGCACAGCAAGGUUUGAUAGGCUGUGCAAAAUAAAACCUCUCUACCCCAGCAUCGUCGAGGCUUGCAAAACCUAUUUUCAGCCUGCCCAGAACAUUUCCAUCGAUGAGAGGAUGGUAGCUUCAAAAGCCAGAAUUGGCCUAAAACACUACAUGCGUAACAAACCGACUAAAUGGGGUUACAAGCUGUUUGUUUUGGCUGAUUCUGCGUGUGCAUACACGUGCAAUUUUUUUGUUUAUGAGGGGAAGAGCAGUUGUGCGACCGGUAAGGGACUUAGCUAUGACUCCGUUAUGCAGUUAUUAGAUUUUCAGCUGCUAGGGAAGGGCUACAAACUGUUUGUGGAUAACUUCUACACAAGCCGUACCCUGUUCACAGACCUGAGGAAGCUGGAUGUGUGGGCCUGUGGCACCAUUCGGACCAACAGAGUGGGCUUCCCGAAAACAAAGGUGAAUGACAUGCCUAAGCGGGCUGAGCGGGGGACCAUGAGAUGGAUCCGUGAAGAUGGCCUGCUGUUUGUGAAGUGGAUGGACACCAGAGAGGUGGUGAUGUGCUCCACUAUCCACAAGUCCUUCAGUGGUGAUCACGUCAUCAGGCGUGUGAAGGACGCUACUGGGGCAUGGACCACCAAAAAUGUCCCCAUUCCUGCAGCCAUCACGGACUACAACAAGAGCAUGGGAGGUGUGGGCCUAUCACAUGCGCUGAUAGGAUACUACAAUGUUCUCCACAAGACAAUGAAAUGGUACAAGACAUUUUUCUAUCAUUUCAUUGACAUUGCUGUGGUGAAUGCCUUCAUCCUCCAGAAGGAAAUGGCUAAGAGCUGUGGACAGCCCCCCAUCUCACAGCUAGCCUUCAGAGAGCUGCUCAUCCAGGAACUUGCUAGCUACAGCAAGACCACUGUAGCACCUUCUGUCCCCUCUACGUCUGUCCCCUCUGCUCCAACUAGUAGUGUUCACCUGCCCAGAUUCAUCUCUGCAGACAUGAAUGUGCCUAGGGGCAAAAAGGGCACAGUAGGGAGACGUCGUUGUGUUCUGUGUCACAGGAAAUGCCCCAUCACCUGCACCAGCUGUUCAGUAACCCUCUGCUUUACAGCAGAAAGAGACUGCUAUUGGGCAUGGCAUCAGAAGAACAAUAUUGUGUAG